AUGCGCAUCAAAGAACCAUAUAAACAAAAAACCUCCGAUUCCGAUAUGGCGGCUUCCUCCUCCUCUUCCGCGGUGCCGCAGCACAAGGUGUUCAUCAAUUUCCGGGGGGAGGAAGUGCGUAACAACUUCGUGGCCCAUCUGGACAGGAUGCUGAAAAGUGCAGGGAUCAAUGCCUUUAUAGAUCGGGACGAUGGGGUGGGAAAAGACAUCAACGAUCUCUUCAAGAGGAUCGAGGAGUCGAGGGUCGCUCUCGUCGUCUUCUCGAGCAGGUACACGACGUCUAAAUGGUGCCUGGACGAGCUCGUCAAGAUCAAGGAGCGUGUGGACCAAGGCGGGCUCGUGGUCAUCCCCAUCUUCUACAAGGUGGAGCCUUACACGGUGAAAAAACUAGAGGGAGAGUUCGGCGAACAGUUCUGGAAGCUGGUGAGAAACCACUCCGACAAGGUUCAGAGAUGGAAGGAAGCUUUGGAGUCCAUUUCAGGGAAGAGGGGUUUGACUUACGACGGCAGAAGCAACGAGCUUGAAUUCAUAGAUUCAAUCACCAAGAGUGUCGAGGAAAUGCUACACGGCAUACGAGACGAAGCGAGUGUCGUUAUCUGCGCUAGGGACCUCUCCAUCGAAUGGUCCCACGACGAGAAGCGCUGGAAAUGGCUCCCUGUCGAGGAGACUCGUCCAAACGACGCAGCCAUUGAAGUGGCGAAACUGAUAGAAGUGUAUUGGCUGGACAUUAGGGGGAAAAUCAGGAUGAAGGAUCUAAAGCGGGGGACAACGUACGAGGUGGUGUUCGUGGUGAAGAUACAAGAUCCGGCCGAGGGAUGGCACGUGCCGGUUAACGUGAAACUCGCUCUUCCCACCGGAGAGAUCUCUGAACGAGAAGUGAACCUGAGAACGCAGACGAGAGGCCAGUGGCUCGAAAUCCCCGCCGGAGCGUUCGUGACGUCGCCGGAUAACGAUGGCGACGGAUAUGUCGAGUUCUCGAUGUAUGAGCACAACACGACGGAUACUCCCAAGAAAGGCCUCUUCGUCAAAGGUGUUGCCAUUCGCACCAAAUCACACUGACGUCAUGCGCACAUGCAACCGUUCUACGUGCAUCUCUCUCUCUCUCUAUAUAUAUAUAUAUAUAUACAUAUAUAUGUGUGUGUGUGCGCGGCGCGUGUGCAUAUAGGUUCAAAGAUCGUUUGUGUUUUAAUAAUUUUUUAUAACGAAUGAAAUGAAGCUUGUAAUAACAAUAUAUGUAUGAUUGAUGCUUACAUUAUUGAUAUUAGUUUCUCUGGUGCA